AUGAAUGAAGAAAUUGAAAUACUUAAAGCAAUUUAUUGUCGUUCGAAUGAAAUUGUCUAUGAUGAUUCCUCUCAAAUAAUUACAUAUAAUGCAUAUGAUGAUAAUCUACAAUGUAUUGGAUUUUUAACGAAUAUUUAUAUGAAUAAUAUGAUUAUUGUUGAAAGUAAUGUUUUAACUCGAGAUGAACUGAAACAAUUAAGAAUGCAUGCUUGUUUAACAACAACAUUAUAUGAUUUAUUUACAACAUUGAAAUCUGCUUAUGAUGAAUUAAUAACGAAAAGAAUGAAGACAUUGGUAUCAGUUGAAGAAUAUGCAUCAUCGUCGUUCUUAAUGAAAAUUGAUCAUAUGCGUUCACCAAAUAUCUAUAUAAAACAUUUGUAUCAAUGGACGAAUGAAUUGAAUAUAACUGGUCGAAUUCUUGUUAUACCACAUCGUAUUUAUAUACUUAUUGAAGGAAAACAUGAAAAUCUGAAGAAAUUUAUUGUUAAAUUAAAAAGUGAAACAGUUGAUAUUGAUAGUCGAGGUAGACCUUGUAAAGAACGUUUAUUAAGUCAGAUUGUUGAAUUAAAUAAACAUCCAUCAAAUUUUAUAAAUUUUGAAAAAAUUGAAUUUAACAAUCAAAAUGAAUUAAUAUCAUAUUUAAUUAAAUUUCAAUAUGAAAAAUUAUCAGAUUAUAUUACUAAAUCAUAA